AGGCGCUCCAGUCUCUGAUUGGGACGCGACCAGUGCGAGCAUGGGGUUCGCGCGUGCUUCGCGAGACAUGCCGUACGGUAUCGCGCUUUAAAUCAUUUUUCGACGACGAGUAACGAAACGUUCCGAGACGACCGCGACGAAAAAGAGGAAGAGGAGCGAAACGACGAGGACUCUUCUCUGCGUUUGCAUGGCUCCGUGAUCACUCGCCGAUCUUUAACGUCUCCUCGCCCUUUAUCUCUCGUGCGCUUCCCCUGGGAUACUCCGGCGCGAGAGCGCGCCUAAUCGCGUAUGUCGCCGGGAAAUCCGCCGAUGUCAACGAACAUUCAAUUUUCCGCUCGAUGAGUGAAGGAUCCGCCACGCUAUCGUGAAUCAAGUUUGGGAUCGGUGAGCUUGUGGUGGUACGGUGGUGAUAAUUGGGAAAGCUCAUCUCCUUCCUUCGAUUCGUGAGACAAGAUUUUCAAAUCGUAAAGAUCAUGUCGGUGCUACUGGAAGGGAGGUCGUACAGACCGUUUAAGUCCUCGGAGGAGUAUCUGAUAGCGAUGAAGGAGGACCUGGCGGAGUGGCUGAACGCCCUGUAUCCGGAACUCAGAAUCAAUCUUGAUAAUUUUAUGGACAGGCUGGACACAGGCGUCGCUCUAUGCAAACACGCGAACAACGUGCGGAAAUAUGCGACGGACUACGUCGCCCGUCGUCAAGCCCGCAAGAUGCCGAUGACACGCUCGAUAACUUCCCUGGCGCUGCCGAUGAGCCAGGUAGGCGAUGUGCCCUACCUGCCGAAUGCUAAGGCCGGCACCUUCUUUGCCCGCGACAACGUCUCGAACUUUAUCGAUUGGUGCCGCAACAGCCUCGGCAUCAUCGAGUGCCUCCUCUUCGAGACCGAGGAUCUGAUAAUGCGUAAGAACGAACGACAUGUGAUAUUAUGCCUGCUGGAGGUGGCACGCCGCGGCGCCAAGUUCGGCAUGCUCGCGCCGUUGCUCGUACAGAUGGAGAGGCAGAUCGACCGCGAGAUUGCCGCCGAGAACAAAGCGGCGAACGGCGCCGGUAACGAGGAGAGCGAUGACGAGUACGAGGAGGAGCCCUGCCUCAUAUACGGACCGCAGCCGCAGAUCGUCACGAAUGAUCUCAAGACUCUCCACGAGUUGGUUCGCGAUAUCGUAGAGGAGUGCACAUGCCCGACACAAUUUCCAAUGAUCCAUGUGGCUGAAGGCAAGUAUCGGAUCGGCGACACCAAGGUCACGAUCUAUGUCCGAGUUUUGCGUAGUCACGUGAUGGUGCGUGUCGGCGGCGGAUGGGAUACCCUCAGCCAUUAUUUGGAGAAACACGAUCCAUGCCGAUGUAGAAACUCACACCGCUCAAUGGUUUCGGCGAAACUCAUUCAAAAGGCCGGUGGAUCUUUCGAUCUAGGCAACGCACAAGUGCAUUACGAACGAUCAUCACCUCCGAGAACCCGACGGAGUUCUGCGUCGAGUGUCGGUUCGGUGCAAAAUCUGCAAUCGGCGCAAUUGCAUACACCCAGAAGCAUUUCUGGUAAUCGCUCGCGAUCGCCCACACCUCAUCGGUUGACAGCCAACAGCAAGCCACAGCAUCAGCAACAAUCAUGCGACGAGCAGAAGAAACGUUCGAGAAGUCCUACGCCACAUAGGAAAUUGCUGGCGAGUCCGAAUCAUCAAGUCGACUUGGCGAAGCAAAGAUCAAGGUCGCCAACGCCUAGGGCAAACUUGAGAUCGAGAAGCCCGACACCGCGAAAGAACAUAGAUUCGUUCAGAAAAAAUGCCAACGAGGAGGCGCGGUCGCCAACGUAUCAAGGAAAACCACAGGAAAACGGCCGAGAGAGCGGUCUUAAAGUGCCAGGCGAAUUCACGAAACGAUACGUCGUCGAGGGCGGCGUGGCUCGUCGUGCCGUUGAGAGGGACGACACACCAAAGUACGAACCGUCCAUCUACAAUUACAAAUGUAGCGAGGACUCGAGCGGCAGCCGCAGCCCGACUCCGAGCAAGGAGGAGCACUCGGCCCUUGACACUUUUGGCAAGGACAACACGGCGAACGCUCCGAAGUCACCGCACGGCGACGGAGAGCAUUCGGACAAUUGCAGCGAGGUAUCCGACGAGGGUUACCGCAGUCUUGGUGCUGUCCAAUCGUUCAUCGCCAACGGGAAUUCUGCCAGCACGCAGGGCUCGCCCACGGUUGCCGAUUAUCAAAGUAACAAUCUCCAAAAAGCGGAACCCGAAGAAAGAUCCGGCGUGGAGACUGACAGCAUCGAGACCGGAUUGCGCAAAGUGGUUCGAAAAGAAAGGCUGGCCAGCCCUUUACGAGUCUCGUCUCCGUCCAGAAGCGUGGCAUCUUCAUCCACGGGUGACAGGACUCCUCGCGCCAGUUCCAUUGCGCGAGAGAACAGCAACUUGUCUAAGGCAUCGUCCGGUAGCAAAACGCCUAAGGAUAGUAAUUCCAGCCCGGAAGGUAGCCCACUGAAUCGAGGGGGUACAAUUCGCAACAAGGCCAAUGGAAGUUACGGGACGCUGAGAAAAUCAACGCCUACCGGAAGUCUCAGUAAGGUGAUGUCGCCCAUAACUACGUCUCAGCUUUCCAAAACGCCAGUCAGCGGUAGCGCGACAUGGAACGGCCGACAGACUAGACGGCGGGCCAGCAUCCAAACGGAUACCUUCUUGGAUCCGAGAUCCGGGCCAGCCACGUGUGUUACGACGCCCAGUUUCUCGCGGAAAAGCCCUGGUAGACAAAGUCUGCAGUCUCGGCCUAGCCCGAAUCUCGGUGUACAGUACGACAGAAACGGUAGGAGAAUUAGGACCUCUACCACGGGCACAGCUUCUCUCCAAUCGUCGCCUACUAAAGCGACGAAUCCGUUGCUCGAUCAGAUUCUGCAGAAACUGGGCGAUUUGAAGGACGAGCGCGAGAUGGUGCAAAAAUUGCAGGGUCUCCUGAAAGAUUACCAGACUAGUUCGACCGACGCUGCUGCAGAUAUGGACUUUGCCAAAAUGUGGGUAGAUACCAACGGAACGAUGGUGCCCCAUGACGUUCAAGUAUCGGUUACUCCUAGAAAGGACCCGAAACCUCAGGAGGGAUGCUCGAGGAUACCAGUACCUCGUGCUCUCUCGUAUAAGAGACCGAUGUCUGUGGCGUCGGACAGCGUUUGAGGUUAAACAUCCGAUGGCUAAACCUCAAUGAAGGUCGAGAUACGCUAGGGUAGCCUUCACGUGUUAGGCUAACAAUAAGUUAGACUGAUCGAAUAAGUACUGUUGUCAAUGAAGAUAACUAGGUGCGCAAGUAAGUAAUUGCAUUUCUCAUCUGGCUUUAAUCUUGAUUUGAUUUGGUAAUGAGGUCGGACGUCUUGAUCACAAGAAGGAUAAGAAUAUAUUUUAUAGACAGGACAGUUUAAUGAGAAAAUAUUUGAAGAAUUCAUAUUUCUAUAUUUUUAGAUUUGUAGAUCUAGAAUAAUGAGUGAUGAGGAGAAACCGAUUUAAGGGGCGCAGAAUCGAUAGGAACAUUUGUCGAAAUACAUACGUGUAAUUAGAGCAACGCGAUUAAAAUCGACUUUUUCAAUGGGUUUAAUCAUUUUUAUUCCAGCAACUCCACUCUUUAAAUUCAAAU